AUGACUUUAGGUGUUGAAGUCAUUGGUUUUGGAAUACUAACCCGUCUACCAGCCAAGGAUGCGACCAGGUGUAAGAGUGUCUACAAGGAAUGGUGUGCAUUACUAUCAACGCAGCCAUUCAAAAGAGAACACUGCUCUCGCUUGCUACUUCCACCUAAUCAAAAAACAUUGUUAACCCAUUUAUUGAUUUGCUCUGUUUACCCAAUAGACUUUAAAACCGGUGAUUAUGGGACCCCGACUGACAUUCAAUUCCCAUUCCCACCCGGUCUUAAGGGCAUCGGAACAUUAGCCCACCUGGAUGGUUUGCUUUGUGUAAGUUUGCAACCAACCCAUGACUUAGCGCUCUGGAACCCAACCACUACUAGGUAUAAGCUUCUCUCCACCCCUGCCGGCCAAGGACUCUAUAAUAACGUCACAGAUGCGGUUGGUCUAUACAAAGGGCCCUCGGAUGACUACAACGUAUUGCAUAUAAAGAGAUCAAUAGGUGUUACUACAACCCAGAUCUACUCCAGGCGUUUUGGAACCUGGAGACAAAUACCGUUCGACACAAAACCCGAAUAUGCAACACGUAUGUUCAUUUGGUCGCAUGGGACUUUAUGUGGAAACACUCUGUACUUCACAAUCUCAGAAUCUUGGGAUGUCUUUAUAAACGUCGUUAUUGCAUUCAAUACAAUCACAGAGAAGAUUAUUAAGAUACCAUUCCCCCGAUUUCCACCGACAUCCAUUUAUGAGGGGGUUUUGACAAGUGUAGAAGACUCACUACAAAUGCUUCUAAUUAUUACAAGUGGCGGACACUUAACGGCGAUUGCUGGUACAGCGUCUUCUCAACACCACCAGUGA